AUGGAGGAAGAUCCCAAGAGCCCACCCCCGGUGCCCGAAACCAGGGCACCACAAAAGACCCGCGCUGCGUCGGGUUCCCUCUCGUUGAGGGAACGGGUCGCUGAGUGCGAUAGGAGAGCGGAAGAGGCGAGGACUGCGCGGCCAGUGCUACGCCCCAGAAUUCUGGGCAAAAGAAAGGCGAUUCCGGAGCCUCCGAUGGAGAAGGCAAUGGAAGACGUCCGUAAGGUGAUGGAGGGAGUCUCCAUCGAUAACGUGACUAAGGGGGAACCUCGGGAAGUAAGGGCCAACCUGGCAAACUUGAUCGUGAGAUGCCAGGGGGUGACGGCCCUGCUACCCGGGGAACAAAAGGCGGCCAGGAAACAAGGAGACAAAGGGCUGCCCACCAUCUCGAAAAUCGAGGUGGUGAAAGGCGAAAUGAAGGCCAAAGGGAAGGAAGCAUUUAAAAAGGCUUUCAAACAAAAGGCCCAACCCCCAAGGGAGAAGGAGGUGCCCGUGGCAGGCAGGAAGCAAGAGCUGAUUCCUGGCACGUCAUGGGCGGUGGUAGUCAGGAAGGGAAAGGGGAAGAAACCGGCCCCCACUCCCACUCCUAAAGACGCCCCAAAAGAGAAGGCUGCAGUCCAAAAACCCCAGACUAAAGGGGGAGAGGGCAAAAAGGAGCUGAAAGGGGAGCGAAAGAUUAAGCUGGAAGAACUUGGGAUUGACAACGUCAAGCCCAGAAAGGCGCUCACUGGGGCAAUGUUAUUAGAAAUCCCGGGAGGCGAGGAGGCUAAAGCGAAGGCGGAUGCCCUCGCCAAUAAAAUAACCUCGGUUGUGGAAGGCAGGGGCAUCAAGGUGACGCACCCUGCCAAAAUGGCCGAGAUGAGAUUAAAGGAUCUCGACGAAUCCGUCUCACAGGAGGAGAUCCAAGCGGCAAUCGCAAAGGCGGGAGGGUGCCCGCCGGAAGAGGUAAAAGUAGGCCGCAUAAGGACAACCCCCAGCGGGCUUGGAUCCACUUGGAUCCAAUGCCGGCUGGAGGUAGCGAGGAAGCUAGCGACCACCAAAAAGGUCAAGAUUGGCUGGGUGGCCGCUAGAAUCGAGAUGCUGGAGGCCCGGCCCCUAAUUUGCUUCAGGUGUCUGGAGCGGGGGCAUGUCCGACAGCAAUGUCGAAGCACGGUGGACAGGAGCACGCUGUGCUACCGUUGCGGGCAGGAGGGACAUACGGCGCAGACCUGCACCGCGGUGCCGAACUGCGUGGUCUGCAAGGCCAAGGGACUCCCCGGGGAGAAAAAGAGAGCGGCCAAACUGGCUAAAGAGAAAAGCAGGGGACCGACGACAUCCGAGGUUCCCAUGGAGGUACAGGAGGCUGCUGAGCCCGAGAAAAUGGAUGCAGCACCCUCCGCACAAGUUGCUAAGCAGGCAACAAAGAAGGCUAAUCUCAACCAUGCCCGCCAGGCCCAGGACUUGUUCCUGCACAGCCUGGCGGAGCGUGGUUGCGGACUGGGGAUCGUGGCCGAGCCAUACAGAAUCCCGACUCACCCCUGCUGGGCGGGAAGCAGGGACGGCUCGGCUGCGAUCACGUGGAGGAGGACCGGCGAAAGGAGUGCGCCAGGGUCCACAAUCAAGGCCGGAGGGAACUGGGUGGCAGUGGAGUGGGGGCCCCUUAAAGUAAUUGGGGUGUACCUCAGGCCCAGUCUCUCCAGGGCAGAGUUUGAGGACAGCCUGCACGACUUGGAGGACGUCGUACGGCAGUUCCUCCCUGGACCGGUGCUGGUCGCCGGGGACUUCAAUGCCAAAUCGGCAUUGUGGGGUUCCCGGCGGCCGGACGCCAGGGGAGCGGAGGUGGUGGCCUGGGCGUCCCGCUUAGGUCUCCACCUCGAGAACACUGGUACAACCAGUACAUGUGUUCGACCGCAGGGGGAGUCCAUAGUCGAUCUGACAUGGACUUCCCCUGCGGCGGCGAGAAUGGUGACCUCUUGGGGGGUGGUUGAGAGUCUCGAACUUCUCUCAGACCACCUUCCCAUUGAGGUACGGCUCUUACAGGAGAGGAGGGGCGGAGCCCGGGAGCGUCCCGUAAGGUGGGCGGCCAGGAAGCUGGACCAGGACAGACUGGUGGAGUCCCUGGUCGCGGCGACCCGGUCUCAGCCUGGCCCACUGCAGUCAGUUGAGGAGGAGGCGAACAGGCUGCAGAGGAUCAUGACCGCGGCAUGUGAUAACGCAAUGCCGCGCUACAAGUUCGCUCCAAGGAGGGCAGCCUACUGGUGGUCGGAGGAGAUUGCCGAGAUGAGGCGCUCCUCAGUGGCUGCCAGGAGGGCUGUCCAGAGGGCGAGGCGGAGGCGGAACACUCCUGGGGAGGAGCUGGACCGUCUCCUGGAGGAGAAUCGACAAAAGCGACAGGAGCUUAAGUCGGCUAUCCGAAAGGCCAAAGUGGCGGCAUGGGAUGAGAUGAUCCGGUCCCUGGACACAGACCCGUGGGGGCGCCCCUAUAAGCUUGUGAUGAACAAGCUGAGCACUGGGGCGCUCCCUGCGGUUGAAACGAUGCAACCGGGUUUUCUUGACGAGGUAGUGGAGACCCUCUUUCCGGCGGGGGACCCGAACAGGGCUCCUUCAAGAGAGGUGGCAAUGGGGGAGGAGCACCAGCCUUGGACAGAGGAGCUAAACGUCUGCGGUGCGGAAUUGAUUCGCGCCGCAAGGAAGCUCAAGGCGGGCAAGGCACCCGGGCCAGAUGGGAUACCCGGUGUGGCCUGGAAGGCAGCCCUGGGGGAGCUCUCCGGAAG